CGGAGGGAGAGAGGGAAGGAAGACAAGGGGGGAGAAAGGGAGAGCAGAGAGCGAAAGAGACCCGGAGAGAUAAAGCUCCAGGCGAGAAAUAAUAAAAGGGCGAGGGGGAAGGAAAGCGGGGCGAGAGAGAGGGAGAGGGAGAGAGAGACGGGACCGCGAGGAAGGAGAGAUAAAAGAGAAGCGGAGGGAAGGGAAGUGAGUUUGUGCGCGCGAGUGAGUGUGCGUGUGAGUGUGCAGGGGCGGGCGCGGGCGGGCGGGGGGCGGGCUCCCGGGCUCCCCUCCUCCCCAGCCCGCUCCUCUCGCUCCCUCGCCAACUCCGGGCCCCAGCCGCGGGCGGGCGCACGGCGGAAGGACAGCAUGCUGAGCCUCCUCGUCUGGAUCCUCACUCUCUCCGACACUUUCUCCCAAGGUGCUGUGCCAGGAGUUGACAAUAUGCUCCAUUUCACAGAUGAGGAAAACUGUGACCCAGGAAGAAGAGGGACCCAGACCCGCUUCAGCCAGGAGCCAGCCGACCAGACCGUGGUGGCCGGACAGCGGGCUGUGCUCCCCUGCGUGCUGCUCAACUACUCGGGGAUCGUGCAGUGGACCAAGGAUGGGCUGGCACUGGGCAUGGGGCAGGGCCUCAAAGCCUGGCCACGGUACCGCGUCGUGGGCUCUGCAGAGGCCGGGCAGUACAACCUGGAGAUCACAGACGCCGAGCUCUCUGAUGAUGCCUCUUACGAGUGCCAGGCCACGGAGGCCGCCCUGCGCUCCCGGCGAGCGAAACUCACCGUGCUCAUCCCCCCAGAGGACACCAGGAUUGACGGCGGUCCUGUGAUCCUGCUGCAGGCAGGCACCCCUCACAACCUCACAUGCCGCGCCUUCAGCGCCAAGCCUGCCGCCACCAUCCUCUGGUUCCGGGACGGGACGCAGCAGGAGGGUGCUGUAGCCAGCACGGAACUGCUGAAGGAUGGGAAGAGGGAGACUACCAUUAGCCAGCUGCUCAUCAACCCUACAGACCUGGACAUUGGGCGUGUCUUCACCUGCCGCAGCGUGAACGAGGCCAUCCCAAGUGGCAAGGAGACGUCCAUUGAACUCGAUGUGCACCACCCUCCUACAGUGACCCUGUCUAUUGAGCCCCAGACGGUACAGGAGGGCGAGCACGUCAUCUUUACCUGUCAGGCCACAGCCAACCCGGAGAUCCUGGGCUACAGGUGGGCCAAGGGGGGCUUCCUGAUCGAAGAUGCCCAUGAGAGUCGCUAUGAAACCAAUGUCGAUUAUUCCUUCUUCACGGAGCCCGUGUCCUGUGAGGUUCACAACAAAGUGGGGAGCACCAAUGUCAGCACUUUAGUCAAUGUCCACUUUGCCCCUCGGAUUGUAGUCGACCCUAAACCCACGACCACAGACAUUGGCUCUGAUGUGACCCUCACCUGUGUCUGGGUUGGGAAUCCCCCCCUCACCCUCACCUGGACCAAAAAGGACUCAAACAUGGGGCCCAGGCCUCCUGGCUCCCCACCCGAGGCUGCUCUCUCUGCCCAGGUCCUGAGUAACAGCAACCAGCUGCUGCUGAAGUCGGUGACCCAGGCCGAUGCUGGCACCUACACCUGCCGGGCCAUUGUGCCUCGGAUCGGAGUGGCUGAGCGUGAGGUGCCACUUUACGUGAACGGGCCCCCCAUCAUCUCCAGCGAGGCCGUGCAGUACGCCGUCAGGGGCGACGGCGGCAAAGUGGAGUGUUUCAUCGGGAGUACGCCACCGCCAGACCGCAUUGCCUGGGCAUGGAAGGAGAACUUCCUGGAGGUGGGGACCCUGGAACGCUACACGGUGGAGAGGACCAACUCGGGCAGUGGGGUCCUGUCCACGCUCACCAUCAACAACGUCAUGGAGGCCGACUUUCAGACCCACUACAACUGCACCGCCUGGAACAGCUUCGGCCCGGGCACGGCCAUCAUCCAGCUGGAAGAGCGAGAGGUGUUACCCGUGGGCAUCAUCGCUGGGGCCACCAUUGGUGCAGGCAUCCUGCUCAUCUUCUUCUUCAUCGCCUUGGUGUUCUUUCUCUACCGGCGCCGCAAAGGCAGUCGCAAAGAUGUGACCCUGAGGAAGCUGGACAUCAAAGUGGAGACCGUGAACCGGGAGCCACUCACGAUGCAUUCUGACCGGGAGGACGAUACUGCCAGCGUCUCCACAGCAACCCGUGUCAUGAAGGCCAUCUACUCGUCCUUCAAGGAUGACGUGGACCUAAAGCAGGAUCUGCGCUGUGACACCAUCGAUACCCGGGAGGAGUAUGAGAUGAAGGACCCCACCAAUGGCUACUACAACGUCCGGGCCCACGAAGACCGCCCAUCUUCCAGGGCAGUGCUCUAUGCUGACUACCGUGCCCCCGGCCCUGCCCGCUUCGACGGCCGCCCCUCCUCCCGCCUCUCCCACUCCAGCGGCUACGCCCAGCUCAACACCUACAGCCGGGCCCCGGCCCCCGACUACGGCCCUGAGCCCACGCCCCCUGGUCCUGCUGCCCCCGCUGGCAACGAUACUGCCAGCCAGCUGUCCUACGAGAACUAUGAGAAGUUCAAUUCCCAUCCCUUCCCCGGGGCAGCAGGGUACCCCACCUACCGACUGGGCUACCCCCAGGCCCCACCGUCCGGCCUGGAGCGGACCCCAUACGAGGCAUACGACCCCAUCGGCAAGUACGCCACUGCCACGCGAUUCUCCUACACCUCCCAGCACUCGGACUACGGCCAGAGAUUCCAGCAGCGCAUGCAGACGCAUGUGUAGGGCCGGCGCCUGGCCGGGGCAUCUCUGCGGGGCAGAGGAGAAGGCUCUCACAGCUGUUCCCUGAUAUUCAGGGACAUUGCCCGUUGUUGCUCCCGUCCUGGACCGGCCUUCCUCCUCCCACCGCAGCAGGCAGGGAGCAGGUCUCCCGGAAACACCCCGUCCCGAGGAUGGUGCUCUGCGCAUGCCCCAGCCUCCUGGGCCUGCCCUUCCCUCUUCUUCGGGAGGAUGUGUCUCUUCUGACCUGCACUCUUGCCUGGCCCUAGUCUGGGGACUGGGAAAGUGAAGGUUGCGGAGAGCAGAGGGGCCACUUUUUAGCAUUCCCUUUCUAUGCCGUCCCUCUGGUCUCACGUGAGCGGAUGGGGGCGUCCUGUGGGGAGGAGCAAGCUUUGGCCCAGGGGACACGGAGUGUCGGGGUGGGUGGCUCUGGUACAGAUAGAUUGCCUGGCCCGUCCCAUCUGUUGUCCGCGUCACACCUUGGGUGCAUCUCUCCCGCCUUGGGACUGCAGAAGGGACCUUGGAUUUGUUUUUUUAGCCCUGGCACCGAGUUCAGAUCCAGCCCUCGUUCAGCUGGGAUUAAAAUGCCAAGUCAUCUUGGCUGCCCACUGCGGACCCCUGUCUCUCUGCCUGCAGAGGGAUCCAGGUAUCUCUCCUAACGCUGCCCUUUCCUCCUCCUCCUCCUCCUCCUCCUCCUCCUCCUUUUCCUCCUCUGUGCUGGGCCAGCCGGAUAGGUCAGGGGGGUCGUGAUGGAGAAGGAUAGGUCAGGAACCACGUCCUGAGUCACCAGCAAGACAGCAGCGUGCUACAUAGCAGUUUCCAGAACCCACGCUAGAGGGGGCCCAUCCAAGCCCCCUCUCCUCCCCAGGAGGCCCCACUUCCUGCUUUAAUGAGCCUGCCUGGGGAGUGGUGGUGAAAGGGCAUGCUAUAGGCUUUUUCAAAGACAACAAAACACAAUUUUAGAACAAACAAACAAACAAAAAACCUCACGGGGUAAAAAUAUAAAACGAAGCUGUAGGGAGCUCCCCACCCAAGUACAAGUCCCAGUGGAAAGGAAAGGGUGAACCUGUUCUCUAUCAGAUUUCCAGUACCUUCCAUUACUCUUUCAAUCUCGAAGCACUUUGAAUCCAUUUUUAAACAUUCAGGUGGUGAGACCUGUCACCCGAUGGGCUCUAUAGGACCAGAAGAGGGCCUGGCUGUCAGGCUCUGCUAUCCUACCCCAGAGCUGACCAGCUGGUUAGAGAGGCCACCUUCUGGGGGACAUCUGUGGGAGAUGUUCUCUUUAGACGGGUUUUCGUUUGUUACGUAUCUUUUUUUUCCCCGCCCCCCUGGACCAAUCAGAUUCUUUCUUCCACUUUCAGUGCCUUGAGUGUCCGGCUUUGGUUGACCGGCCUUGUGUGGGUGGCUGCACAGGGAUCCGGUACUGUCAGCGCAAACUCACUGCCAAGUGUUGCAGAGUUUAGGGGAUAGACGGGCGAGGGGACCUAGUAAGAGAAAGGGCUGACCCAGUAAGGUCACGCGGAAAGGCACUACAGGCAGCCGCGGCCCACGAAGCCUCCCACGCCCAGCCUCACCUCCAUACACGCUCCUGCACUCACGCCCACAUACGCAUUCCACAUUCUCAGCCGCCACCUCCUGACCAAAGAGAAUGGGCGCUCCAAAGAGAACUCACUCCUCUGCCCCGACCUUCCCUUGCCAAGAAGCGUGGUCUGCUCUUCCCUUAGCUCAGCCCUAACGGGAGGGUCCUCUGUUAGAAUUCCCAGAAUGCGUUUUGCCCUUUCUCGUGGUCGCCAUUCAUUAGUCAUGUUCGCUUUAAUGAGUUACAUGCUCAUCAGCCACGGGCCAUCGCCACCUUUGCAGAUGGGUCUGUGGGGUGACAUUCCUCGCCAUCCCCUGGCAGUAAGGACAGCGCAUACCCUGUAGCUCCAGUUCUGGCCUCUUCAGGCUGCGUCUGCAUCCUCCUCCACUUCAGCAGGGGCAAGUCCCAUGGACCAGCCCUUUCAGAGGCCUCAUACAGGUUCACAGCGUUAUUCCAACCUUACCCCUGGAAGCUGACUCCUUCCUGCACAAGCCUUUUCUGUGAGUUUGGUGACAUGUCCAAUAAGGAUGCAGGUCCCUAUGCAAAUUCAGGCAUAUUUUGAUGAUUUUCACAGAAGCCACGGGGUAAUCUAAACAGUUAAAAUCUAAAGAUGGUGGCUUUUUAAACAGGAACAUUCCAAAUGACUUCUGUUUGGCCGUGUUCUCUUGUUCCUCCUUUUUGGUUUCAGUACUGGGUCCAUUCUGUUGGUGGAGAGGAGGCCUUGAGGUCACGGUAACUCAGCUGACACUGCAGGGAGCAUGAGUGUCGGAAGCCAGAUAGACUUACUUCCCUGUGAACACCGUGCAAGGCACAGGGAGGUGUCAGCAUUCAGGACUGCCUCUACCCUGUGCAGUGUUUACUCUGGGCUGAUCAGAGUCUGAGUGGGGAGCGACCUGUUAAGCCAAUGGAAUUGCCUUUCUCGGGCGUGGCAGAUGCCCUUGAGCUUGGGAGGUUGUUACCUAAGGCUGGAAUCCCCCAGCAUGGGGCCUCAGCCCUUGAUGUGGUCACUUUGGUGAUUCUGACUGCCUUCGACAUUCUAGUGCUGGUGAGAAGAGCAAGGCAUCCAGAGAGGUGGGACCCAGUUCUGAAGCUGCCAUUUACUGAGUGACCUUGGCCUAACCUCUAGGUUCAUUGCCCACUAUUUUCUAGUCUUUAAGAUGAGGAGGGAGAAUUGUACAAACCUGAUUGUCCGACUCUUGCGUAUUUUCAUUUGGUGAGGUGGAAGGGCCUGCCAUUCCUGGCAAGGAUUUGGUAACAGCGGGUGGAUGGGUGGGGGGAAGUUGAAAGGUUCUUCUCUUGAAAGAAGUUUUCACUAUGGACUUCAUCCUCUUGUCAGAAGUGUUGUGAAUGAGUUUCCACUAAAAACUCCUUGAUCUCAAACAGCAGCAGAAAGAAUAUCCUAAACCUCAGUGAAAUUGAUGUGGGAUUAUCCUUUGGACAUUGUGCUGCUCCCCACUCAGAAGGCUGACAGGUUUGCAAAGAUGUCUCUGGCCAAAGCAGGGCAUGGUGAGUUUCCUUCACUGUGCCCCCAGGUUCCAGGUAACCUCUGUGGGAAAAAAUGGAAGCAGCCACACUCCGCCCACGUCCUCUGGAGCACUCCCAUGGCCCAGAAAGCUGGUCUCACUGAGCAACGGGAAGCCUGCAGACUAAGGCGUCUUGAGCUAGAGGGCAAGGUGUGAGAACAGUUGACCUGUCUGUUCAGGAGCAGUUCAGAAGGGCAGGUGGUAAUGAGGAGGGAGUCCAGCAGUUACUGACUUCAGUUCUGCGUCUUGAAGAGGUUCUUGUGAUUCUGGAUGACCCACAGUCUCCUUGUGGAGGGUCCAGCUUGCAUCCUAAAUUGGGAUCCCCCACCAAAGUCUAGCCACAAUAUUUGCAUGAAGCAAAGUCCAGCGUAAGUCAGAAAGGAAAGGGGCUGUAUGCUCUCACAGAUAAUCUUGCCUGCUUGGGAUGAAAGAGAUUAGUUUGAUCUCACCCCACCCCUUCUUGUCUCCAAGCACUGCGCGCCCUAGUCCAGGUGCUGCCUUUCUGGUAAUUUUGAGGGCAGCCUUUUCUGCUUGACAAGAUGGAGCACACUGCCCCGGAGUCUCUUUUGCCCGGGUACCCUCUCAUUAAAUGGGUGGCUGUCUGUCAGGAGCCACAUGUCCCGGGCUUUCUCAAAUGGAAUCAGAUGGCGUCUCAGUGUAUUUGGCUCAUGUGCGCUGCCAUUGUACACGGGCCACUCGUGUUUGGAGAAAGCCGUGUUAAAGCCGAGGCCUACCCCAGCUGUGCUGAACUGGCUCAGUGACAUCACUUCCUCAGUCUUUGCUGAGAGGGUGAUUCUGUCCCCACUGCUGUAUGCAAAGCACCCAGGCCGCAGAAACCCUGGCUUCUCUGCCAGUUUGGUGCUGCGUGCCAUGAGCCAAGUCACCCACUCUGUGCCUCUCCAGGCCCUUCUGCACGGCAGGGAAUCACUUGAAAGGCAUCAGUGAAGCUUCUGACUCUGGUGGGACCAGUGAGGACGUGGUAACAGACCACUGAAGUGCGCAGACCAAGGGAUGUAAUUGGAAAGGCAUUUAUUUUUGUGAAGAGGCUAUAAAAUUAGCAUUUAAAUAUCCCAUCCCCUUCUCCUGGCCUUCCCCUUACCACUGUCGCUCCCUUCUUGGAGGCCAGCCUCUUUCUGAAAGGCAUUGGCCUCACUUAUCAGCUGGGUCCUGACACUCCACCUCUGGGCUUCUGGAGAGGAUGGAAGGAUGUGUGGCUCGGGAUGUUUCAGAAUUAGGGAGAUGGGGUUGGGGGGUGGGGGGGGGGUGGGAGGAUCACAUUUUCUUGCAUCACUGUGAGUGAGUUCCAGGCCCUGCCCCUGGAAGAAUAAUUGCUGCGCAGAAGUCACAGGCCAUACUGGGCGAUUCUGGUACAAGCUUGCCCUUAAAAAUAAUAACAGUAAUGAUAAUAACUCUGUUUGCAUAGAGCUGUCUGUCACUCAUUGCUACCAAUCUCCUGUCCCCUAAUCCUGGCUUUUUGCUGUCCCCAACCACUGCCCUUUGCAAGUGUUGGUGGGCCAAUGGGGGUCUUCUUCAUCUGGAGAUUUUUAGAUGCUGUCUCCUGGGAGUACCCCUGACUCUGGGGAGAGAGCAGCCAAGUUGCCAAUACAAUCAAACUCUGACACAAUCUUGCUAGCAAUAGUGACCCAGGAGAUUUGGCUGCCUCCAGUCACACCAGAAUGAGGUCCAGGGCUCCCUGUGGUCACGUUUUCUAACCCCACUCUUCUUGGGAUUACAACCGCCAUUUCUGACUCCAGUUAAAUUUUCUCCACUCAAGCCCCGAUAAUAAAUGGAUCCAUGAUGAUAAUUAAGAGGAAAAAAAAUAUUAUUUUUGUUAGGACAGACCAUCGUAGAUUUUUAGCAAUGUGUAUCUGUGUCCCUCACACUUUUCCUAUUCUGCCUUUUUUCAUUUUCCUUUUUUUUAAAUAUUAUGUACUAUAUUUUUAGUCUCAAACACACUAUAUAUUAUAUAUAUUUAAUUUUUUUAUAUAUAUAAAUAUAAAUGUUUUAAAAAGUA